GCAGAUUGGACGCUCCGCUGAAGAGACUUGUGAUUGGUGGCUCCGCUGGGACAGCGGAAGUGUUCUUAGAAGUGGAGUUUUCAUGCGCCCCUUGAGCAGAAGCAGCAGUAGCGAGUCCCAGGGAGAGAGAAGUGCCGAUCCGAGUCCAUAAUGUCGACUGAGCUGGUGGAAGAUGAGACCCAGUUUUACGGCAAAGCCCAGAAUUAUUGGAAGAAUGUUCCGGCUACAGUGGACGGCAUGCUGGGAGGAUACGGUCAUAUAUCCAACACAGAUCUCAAUAGCUCCAAGAAGUUCCUCCAGAGGUUUCUCAGACAGGAGGGCUCACAGAAGACUGGAAACACAUGCGCUCUAGACUGUGGCGCUGGUAUCGGCAGGAUCACAAAGCGACUGCUGCUGCCGCUGUUUAAGACAGUAGACAUGGUGGACGUGACGGAUGAAUUUCUGAACAAAGCCAAGAGCUACCUUGGUGAGGAAGGCAAGAGAGUUGGCAAAUAUUUCUGCUGCGGUCUGCAAGAGUUUUCCCCAGAGCCGAGCCGCUAUGAUGUCAUCUGGAUCCAGUGGGUAAUAGGGCAUCUGACAGAUGAACACUUAGUGAGCUUCCUGCAGAGGUGCAAACUGGGCCUUCGGCCAAACGGCAUCAUUCUCAUCAAAGACAACGUCACUCAAGAUGGCUCCAUUAUGGACGACGCGGACAGCAGCAUCUGCCGAGACAUAGAUUUAGUCAGGAAACUCAUCAAACAAGCCGGCCUCUCUGUUUUGGCUAUAGAAAGACAGGAGAAUUUCCCUGACGAGAUAUACCAAGUCUUUUCUUUCGCUAUGAGAUAAACACGGAAAAUGUAUUUACCGGUCCAUCAAUUCGGGAAUCCUUACGGACUGUUCUGCUUUGCCAAAAGAUGUCCUUAUGCAUGGUGAGACAGGGGUGGAGGUUCUUUUGCUGCGACUGGUGAAGAUUUGAAACUGGAACAAUUUAAGAUUUUCUAAAGAUCAGAAAUGGUUCACUGGAAGAAACCAUCAAAGCAUGUGAUGGGUCACAUGGAAGGAAGUGACUUGUGGAAUAAUUGAGUUAAUUUGUGUACUUUGUUCCCAAGAGAAGUCACUCUGGGACCCAGAACAGUGCUCCCCUCAGCACCCUAGCUAUAAAGAAUUCCAUGUGUGCUUAGACGGAGUGUUGACAAAUGGAAGCGUACCUUCAUAUACUGGAAUAAGUCAUAGCACCUCCCAGAAUGUUUCGUAUUUUAAUAUAAUAAAUUAUUUUUCCUUG